CUCCCAGUCAAACACCUGGAAAGGAAAGCCGUCUCUGGCCUGGAGGAUCUUCCUGGGCGUCCUAGGCAUCAGCCUCUCCAUCAUGUUCUGUGCCACCUUCUGCAGAGCGUGCAAUCGCUUAAGGGAGCAGGAGAUAGAAAGGGAGGCGUGGAGACGCAGUGAGCAGGACGGACAUCCUCGUUCUAUAUAUUUCAUCCCAUUCCCCCGUAGCAUGUCACAGCAGGACAGUGAAGACAACCACAGGGUGCCUCAACACAGCCAGGACCUCCACACACCCCCACGAUACAGCACUUCAGUCUACUGUGGGCCCCCACCUUCAUACAAUGAGCUAGGAUUUAAGACUGAUGAUCUUCCCCCUGCUUAUGCAGAAUAUAACACUCCUGUGUGUCCCAUCACACCUUCACCUCACAUAGACAUGGUUUAGCCACAAACACAGUCACAACCAUAAGCCAGGACCAUCACACUGUGCCUCUGUUGAGGUUAUGGACAGUCUUGAUUAUUGAACUGCCUCAUGGA